UCCAUGAUUUGAAGUUUUUCACAUAUUAUUGAUAAUUAAUACAUUACGUGAGGAUAUGUAAAUUUCAAGAUGUCAGAUCACAGUGACAGAUAUGUAUUUGAAGCUGAGUGGUAUGACAAAGUCGCUUGUAUGCUGAAGAAAUUUUAUCUGUAUUAUUAUCCAUCUGAUAAUACUGUUGAAUUGUUUGACUUAAAAACAAAGAAGACAUUCCUAAGAAGGACAACAUGUAAAGGCAUUAAGGCUAAAGAUUUUUAUGUGAAUUCUGUAAUAAUAAUAUUUUCGAGAUGCAUCAAAAUUACGGGUUACGCAGAUGCUUACACCAAAACCAAAUUAGAAACGCAAUUGCAAAAAGUUUUUGUACUUUUGAAACCAGAUGUUAUUGACAAAAUGGGUGAAAUAUUAAAAACGAUUAUAAAUUAUGAUUUUCAUAUUACGAAUCUAAAAAUGAUAAAAUUAACUGCGGAUGAUAUUGCAGAAAGUUGUCUUAUAAAAAAAGAUGUACUCGAUAAGGUGUCUGUUAUAAAUUAUCUUAUUUCUGGCCCUGUCGUUGCUUUAGAAUUAUUAGGAGGAAAUGGUAUAACAAGAUGGCACGAAUUAGCUGGCCCAGAAGAUAGUAAUGAUGCUCGUUUAACGGCAGCAUCUUCAUUAAGAGCUUGUUAUGGAAAAGACGAGAUAUAUAAUGCUGUAUAUGGAUCCAAAGAUACCGAAACAGUAAUACAGGAAUUGCAAUAUUUCUUUCCUAACUCAAAAAGUAAAACUAAAGGCCCUAAAAACACUGCAACUCUACAAAACUGCACCUGUUGUAUUAUCAAGCCACAUGCUGUACAGGAAAAACUUGUUGGAGCAAUUAUCGAUGAUAUUCAAAAAGCAGGUUAUAUGAUCAUCGCUGCACAACAAUUUUAUGUCAAUCCAAUUAAUUCUGAGGAGUUUUUAGAAAUAUAUAAAGGUGUUCUUCCUGAGUAUACUGCAAUGGUAGCAGAAUUACAAUCUGGUCCAUGCAUUGUUCUGGAAGUGAGCUGUAAAGAUGAAAGUCUUAACAUAGUUGCUGAUUUCAGGAAUUUAUGCGGUCCAAUGGAUCCGAACAUUGCGCGACAAAUCAAACCGAAUACACUUAGAGCUAAAUAUGGGAAAACGAAAAUACAAAACGCUAUACAUUGUUCCGACUUGCCAGAAGACGGAAUAUUAGAGGUGGAAUAUUUCUUCAAGAUACUCGACGGAAUCUGAAUGACCAAAUAUAUCUUACAUAAUACAAAAAUUAUUAGGUUGGAUAAUUAUUAAAUUUAAGUGA